AUGUUCACCUUCUGCCAUGUUUGCCAACCCUCCUUGGAAGUCGGGGGACUCCUCCUAAUGACUCGGAAUAUGUUUUGCUGUAUUCGUAGCAUUAACAUUCCUUCGCAGCCAAAAAUGUCUUCAGAACAUAUAGUGGAUGUUGCGCAAACAGGCUUAAGUAGAACUCACCCGAGUAAGUAGCUCAUGGAUGUCACUGGAAACUGGUGUGCUGAUGGCUUUCUGGGAUUGGCUUGGCUCCGAGUGCAUCGGCGGUUAAUUAUACUUACAAAGAUUUUGUGUGGCAUAUUCGGAAUUGAAAUU